UAAACCGGAGUUAGUUUCCCCGGAGGUUACGACGUCCCACUUGGUUUCGCAUGCUUGAUGUUCAUGGUGCUGAGCUUUGUUACGUCGCCCCUGAGUGCCGACUUAUCCGUGCAGCUUGCUAAUUUCCACCAAUUUCUCCGGAAUUCGGUUCAAUCACGCGGUUGUGCUUUCUGUAGGCUUGAUAUUCGUCGUGGUUCUGUUUGUUGUUGUUAAGUUAUCGCUAUUUGAUUGUACUGUGCGUUGUAGUAAUGCUGGUUUGUAUCAAGUGGGGACCAGCAGUGGCUUUCGUUCUCCUUUAUUGUUUUUAAUUUCCAUGAUUUUGUAAAAGAGUAAUGUGAGUGUAGACGACUGUGAUGGGCAGCGUUUAGUUUUCGAGUGCGGGGUAUUGUGCUAGCGACAGAAUUGAGAGUAGUGUGAUUCGUUGGUUUCUUUCUCUAGUAGAGCCUUGAAUGUUUUGUUCGAGCAGUUUCUUAUGCUUUGCUUGAGCUUCUGUUGAAAACGAUUCAAUGAGUCGGUUGGUUGAUUGAUUUAGAUGAAAGAGGAGAAGGAGAUUAUUUGCAAGGUUUUAAUGAGGAGGUUGGUCUUCAACUCAUUGUUUCGUGAUGGACUUUUAGAUGUUUCACGGGAGAUUAGUGAGUUCUGUGCUGGUCGCAGAGAGUAUUAGUUGGCUUUAUUGAUAGUUUCAAUAUUCUGUGUAACCUCCAUUGUGGAUUGUGAAUUCAGGCAUUUAUAAUUGCAUGCAUCAAACAUUCUAUUACCGUGGUAAUCAAACACCGAUCCUUAGUUGUCAUUUAUGCAAGUGCGGAAUUUUAUAAGCCCGGUGCUUAUCGUGUGUCGCUCACCUUGCUCUCACGCUGAGCUAGUCAAUCAUUAGAAUCAACGUUGUAGCGAAAUUAUCCAUCUUCGGUCUAUUACGUCGAACGAUGGGCUUGGAGGUGCAAAACACUCUGAGAAGUUUUGGAGCUCUGCGUGAUGAUUCUUGUUAUUGCCACAAAGACUUCCCGACCCCUGAAUUGGACAACAAGAAAUUAGCAGCGCUCCCACCCUCGAGGGCAGGUUCUGCCACCGAUUGCGAAUUUUGGGAAGGACAUUCGAAUACUCUGUAUGGUAGGAGGCACAAACACGGAAACAAUCAUGUGCAUUUUCUCACCCUUCAUCGCAGCCUCAGUGCUGAGGCUGUAGAACCGUUGAAUCUCUUGGAUAAAAGGGUGGCAGGCCUAAUUUGUGGUAAAGGUUCGCGGGAAAAGAGCUCAGAUUCUGAGUUGCUGCCCAAGAAGGAGUCAGUUUUGAAUGUGGCGACGAAUGAUUCAGUGGCUCCAGAAAUAUGUAUACUUAAAGAGAGUAAUCGUCAGGCUGGAUCCCAACAUGGAUCUCUUGGUAGCUCUUCACCCAGGACCCGGUGGUCUGACUGUGGUUGUGCCACAUGCACUGCAUGGCAAGCAAAUAAAGACUUCCUGUAUGUGCGAGUGGGCGGCAAAGAUUGCACAAUAGAUGCAGCAUCAAAUGGCGAAGGCGAGGAGGAUUCCACUAACGAUGUAAUCUUUAUUCAUGGUUUCUUGUCGUCUUCGUCGUUCUGGACAGAAACGGUGUUCCCUCUGUUUUCGGAAAACCUAAAAUCCACGCACCGUUUGUUUGCUGUUGACGUCCUGGGUUUUGGCAAGAGCCCGAAGCCUACGAACUGCCAUUAUUCCAAUGCUGAUCAUUUAGAAAUGAUUCGAAAAUCCGUAAUUGACCGUUACAAGCUCAAGAAAUAUCACCUUGUUGCACAUUCUAUGGGCUGCACCCUCGCGUUGUCUCUAGCAGGCCAGGAUCCCUCGGCUGUUAGGUCAAUCACACUUGUCUCACCGCCCUAUUAUCCAGCUACAUCCGACAGCCAACCAUCAGUACACUUACUGAAAAGCGUAGCGCCGCGGAAGAUAUGGCCAUUAUUUGCAUUAGGUCCCUCAGUUAUGUCGUGGUAUGAGCACUUGGGCCGAGUUGUUUGUCUUGUCGUUUGCAAAAAUCAUGCGUUCUGGGAACUCGCCUCGGCUUUCGCCUUCAACAAGAUUUUAAGAUGGAGAGUUCCCCAAUUCCUCAUCCAUGACUUUAUGCAACAUACACAUAACUCAGCUUGGCAUAUCUUUCACAACACUCUAUGCUCUGGUGCCUACACCACCAAGUGGAGCAUGGAUGUUCUACAGAAGACAAGGAAACCAAUCAGGAUAAUCCAUGGUGACAAUGACAACAUCUGCCCUCUUCAGUGCAGUCUGGACAUGAAGAACUCAUACUCAAAUGUAUAUCUGUCUGUCAUUCAGGGAGCUAACCAUGUCAAUAUCUUAUUGGGUAGGGAGGAAACCUUGGCACAGGAGCUUGAGGAAGAGAUACUGAAAGUAUAAUUAAACAUAUUGAAGAUUAUGAUUUAAUUGUGAGGGUUCAAGAGGUUGCUAUUUGCCAUCAGUUCCUCUGUCUCUGAGCAUGAUGUAUUUUUUUUGCCAAUGCCCCCCACUGUCAUAAAUGUGAGUGAAUUUAUACUUUUUUCCA